CCCGUCAGUCUAAUUAUUUCGUUUAAACUUACAAAAUGGCGUUAUUAUGAUUUAAUAGAUAUAAAAAAUGGAUCAUGGGAACAGAAGGGUCACAAAAUUCCCUCCUCCACUGAAGCCAAUUGACGAUGCCACAUUCGCGGCACAAAUCAAGGCAUCGUUCGUCAAGAGUGCUUCUGAAAGGUAUGGGAACAUGAUGGGAAAUUGCUGGAUGCCUCAGCAGAUGUGGCCUCAAAAUCCAAUGGUUGCUAUGAUGGAUCCAAAGUUGCAUCCAAAAAUGGGCCCUAAACAGCCAAAUUUUAUGAUGUAUCCGGUUCCAAUGAAUCAACCAAUGAGGAUGGAUCAGCAUUUAAGGAUGGGACCGCCGAUGCCCAUGGGAAAUAUGAUGCCUCCGCAAAGGCCAAAAUCUCCGCAUCUCCAGAUGCCAACUGUCCCUCCAAUGGCAAAUAUUGGACCUGGAUUCAUGAUGAACAUGCCAUUAAAGGCCCCUAUACCGGUAAAACAGCCAUUUCCAGCCAGAAUGUCCAAAAUUGAGCAUCCGACUAUAAGCAUGGAUGGUCCUAUAAACCUGGACAAACUUCCCAGGGACCCAAAUCUUUCACCGUUACUCAGUUUUGCCAAGAUGGAGGCUGGAAGAUUAGGUAUUGAAAUGGCUAAAGAAGAACCUGAAGACCCGGCAAAAGGGAUAUUACAGGAGGUGAUUUCUCUCCUAAAUUCAGAAUUAGAAAAGGCGAAUGAUUUGUACGAUAAGAAUUUGAAAUGGACCAAUGUUGAAGAAGUCGCAAACGCAUUGAUGGAGGCAUUCAAACCUGUUUUGGAGAUUAUGUGGAAGGAGACGAAGAGAUUCCACAAAUACAGUCUAGAUGAGGCCUUUCAAAAUUUCAAGCAAGGCUCAGAAAUAGAGGCUAGGAGAGAUUAUAAACCACUCGAACAGUACUUUAACAGCAAGAAAGAAACAGAAAAUCUCAUGAUGAUGUAUCAUAAUAUUAGCAAAAUGUCAUUUAGGGAGGGUGCAGCCCCUCUUGUUCCCCAGAGGAAUGGAGAUAUUGACUUUUCAGGUAUUGCUGAAGAAUUUGUGAAUGUAUCUUUUAAUCAACGUCAACUAUUGGAAACUACAACUGCAUUAAACUUAAGAGCAGCUCUAGGUGGUGACCUAUUAUCGAAAGUACUCCCGCAAGACUUUAGGCUAAAACUUAUAGAGGCAAUAAAUACCCUCCAUUUUGACCUGGGUACGCCGCCACAAUGCGUAUCGCCUCCACCAGAACCGGCAAAGGAAACCAGUGGACCAGAUCCUAUUCUCUCAAAGUGCUAUAACACACUUGCCAUGCCAUCGCAACAACCACCUUCACCGAGCAAUAGCUCUCCGCAUAAACUUCCUUUUAUGCCGCCAGUUAAUCCGAAGGGACCACAUAAGAUUCCAGUCCCCAACUUUCCACUCUUAAUGCCAAACGCUAUGCCACCUCAUAUGCCCAUUGGGAAUGAAGUCAUUAUAAAUGAGGAAAUCAUGAUGAAUAAACCAAAUACCAUGUCCUUACCAAAGAACAUGUUUGAUCCCAGCCAAUAG